UCCGCCAUGGGGUCCCUGUUCCGGAGCGAGACCAUGUGCCUGGCGCAGCUCUUCCUGCAGUCCGGCACGGCCUACGAGUGCCUCAGCAUCCUGGGCGAGAAGGGCCUGGUCGAGUUCCGAGACCUCAACCAGAAUGUAAGUUCUUUCCAAAGAAAAUUUGUUGGUGAGGUGAAGCGAUGUGAAGAACUGGAGCGAAUAUUGGCAUACUUGGUGCAGGAAAUCAAUAGAGCUGAUAUUCCCCUCCCUGAGGGGGAGACCAGUCCUCCGGCACCACCUCUGAAACAAGUGCUGGAAAUGCAGGAGCAGUUGCAGAAGCUGGAGGUCGAGCUGAGAGAGGUCACCAAGAACAAGGAGAAGCUGAGGAAGAACCUGCUGGAGCUGAUCGAGUACACCCACCUGCUGCGGGUGACCAAGACCUUCGUCAGGCGCACCGUGGAGUUCGAACCCACUUACGAGGAAUUCCCACCCUUGGAGAACGAGUCUUUGUUGGACCACAGCUGUAUGCAGAGGCUGGGAGCGAAACUGGGAUUUAUAUCUGGCCUAAUUAACCAAGGAAAAGUUGAAGCAUUUGAAAAAAUGUUGUGGAGGGUCUGCAAAGGGUACACCAUUGUGACCUAUGCAGAGCUGGAUGAGCCCCUGGAAGACCCUGAAACAGGAGAAGUCAUAAAAUGGUAUGUGUUUUUGAUAUCCUUUUGGGGAGAACAGAUUGGCCACAAGGUUAAGAAGAUAUGUGAUUGUUACCACUGCCACGUUUACCCUUACCCGAACACAGCCGAGGAGCGCAGAGAGAUCCAGGAGGGACUGAAUACCCGGAUUCAAGAUCUUUACACCGUGCUUCACAAAACCGAGGACUAUUUAAGGCAAGUGCUGUGUAAAGCUGCCGAAUCAGUCUACAGCCGAGUGAUCCAGGUGAAGAAGAUGAAAGCCAUUUACCACAUGCUGAACAUGUGCAGCUUCGAUGUGACCAAUAAGUGCCUCAUUGCAGAGGUCUGGUGUCCUGAGGCUGAGGGAGAUGAGAUAGACAGGAUAGGACACCAUGUUGAUAGAGAGAGCGGUGGUACGAUCCCCUCAUUCAUGAACACAAUCCCAACAAAAGAAACUCCCCCGACCCUGAUCCGCACCAACAAAUUCACUGAGGGGUUUCAGAACAUCGUGGAUGCCUACGGGGUCGGGAGCUACCAAGAAGUGAACCCAGCUCUCUUCACCAUCAUCACUUUCCCCUUUUUAUUUGCCGUGAUGUUUGGAGACUUUGGACAUGGUUUUGUGAUGUUCUUAUUUGCCCUCCUGUUGGUGUUAAACGAAAAUCAUCCCAGACUAAAUCAGUCACAAGAGAUCAUGCGGAUGUUCUUCAAUGGUCGCUAUAUCCUCCUGCUGAUGGGGCUGUUCUCCGUGUACACGGGCCUCAUCUACAACGACUGCUUUUCCAAGUCAGUCAACCUCUUUGGCUCCAGGUGGAACGUGUCUGCCAUGUACAGCUCCAGUCACAGCCCGGAGGAGCAGAAGAAGAUGGUGCUUUGGAAUGACAGCAUCGUCAGGCACCACAGCGUGUUGCAGUUGGAUCCCAGUGUCCCCGGAGUGUUCCGAGGCCCUUACCCUUUUGGCAUUGAUCCUAUUUGGAACUUGGCCACGAAUCGUCUCACUUUUCUAAACUCUUUCAAAAUGAAGAUGUCUGUGAUUUUAGGGAUUACUCACAUGACUUUCGGAGUCAUUCUGGGAAUAUUUAACCACUUGCAUUUCAGGAAGAAGUUCAAUAUUUAUCUGGUUUCCAUACCAGAACUGCUGUUCAUGCUCUGCAUCUUUGGAUAUCUUAUAUUUAUGAUCAUCUAUAAGUGGCUGGUUUUUUCAGCUGAAACCUCCAGAACUGCUCCUAGCAUUCUGAUUGAAUUUAUCAGCAUGUUUUUAUUCCUGGCUAGUGACACAAGUGGUUUAUACCCAGGGCAGGAGCACAUCCAGAGGCUGCUGCUGGCCAUCACGGUGUUGUCAGUUCCCGUGCUUUUCUUGGGAAAACCACUCUUCCUGCUGUGGCUACACAAGGGGCGCAGUUGUCUCGGGGUCGGCAGGAGUGGCUACACACUUGUAAGGAAAGAUAGCGAGGAGGAAAUUUCUUUGCUGGGAGGCCAAGACAUAGAAGAGGGGAACAACCAAAUGGAAGAUGGAUGCAGAGAAGUGAUGUGUGAAGAGUUUGAUUUUGGAGAAAUAUUAAUGACCCAAGUAAUUCAUUCCAUCGAGUACUGUCUGGGAUGCAUCUCCAACACUGCUUCGUACCUGAGGCUCUGGGCACUCAGUUUGGCUCACGCACAGUUGUCUGAGGUCCUGUGGGCCAUGCUGAUGCACGUCGGCCUCCGGGUAGACACAACCUACGGGGUCUUGGUGCUGCUCCCAGUGAUUGCUCUCUUUGCAGUAUUGACAAUUUUCAUCCUUUUGAUCAUGGAAGGGCUUUCUGCAUUUCUUCAUGCCAUCCGCCUCCACUGGGUAGAAUUUCAGAACAAAUUCUACAUUGGUGCAGGCACCAAAUUUGUUCCUUUCUCAUUCAGAUUACUUUCUUCGAAGUUCAGUGAUGACCUGGCGUGAUCAUAUUGCAGUAUCCAACAAGCUUUCAGAUUUAUGGAGAAUUAUCAUGUUGUAGAAUUCCUUAUGUUAAAUUGAUGAUAGGAAAAAUUCCAUCUUCAUUAAUUGCCUUAUGAGAUAGCCAAAUCUGUAAGAUAUACCUCUUCCUCACAUGUUAAAUAUUUUGUAAACUUUCUCAAUUUCAGAUAUAUAAAUUUCUUUCAGUUUUUAUGAUGAGCAAAUGUAAGUUCAUGCAAAAGUUAUGUUAUGGUUAUUUUUUAAAAAUACAGGCGUGGGAGAGAGAAGCUAAUUUUGAAUGGCGAAUUGAAAAUAGUCUUAGAUAUUUGAUUCCUUUUCAUUUUAUUAAAAAAAAAAAAGCCAGACUUAUUCUGUCAUCUGAAGUUGUCAGAUGAUAUUUUCCAACAGCUGAAGCUAAGUAGUUUAAAAAAAAUCUAAUGACAGACAACAGAAAAUUCACAUUUAUUAUAUUUUGCUUAAUUAAAAGUAUACAAACUUUUUUAUUGUAUGCUAUCUAGAAUUACAAGUAGAAUUGUUUCUACAGUUUUGUCUUGUUUUAGUAAUUGGAGAAAAUGGGAUAAAAUAACAUGCAACAAAAUGGUUAUCCCACUUGUAUAUUUUUUUAAAGACUUUAAUCCUGUUAUCCUUACAUAAAACCAAUUAUGAUAAUUGUAUAUUUGAGAAGAUAAACUGUGUACUGAGCCUUAAACUCCAGUGUGACUUUAGAAGACAUAAUAUGGAUAUGAUCUGAAUUCAGUUGGCUGAUGUUCCUGAACCAAAAAGGGUUUAUACUGAGUGAAGAAGGAAAGGUAAAAAGUAGAUUUUGUAUAUUUUUAUAAUGAAAUAUAAAUGAAGAUUUUUACCAUGAAGAGGUCACACCUAUCCUUCAGAACAGUAUAAUUAUAAAUGUUCCACUUUCAGACUAAUUCUAAAUAAAUGUCUGAUAAAGGCACUUAGAGUUAAACUUUUAAAAGCUACUACAAUCAGUUGAAAACCAAUUCUUACUAAGCCAUUAAUAUAUAAUCUUCAGUUUAAAUUCAUCUUUUCACUUGACAUUUGAGUCAGUCCAGUUGAACAUUUUUAUCUGUCCUGUGUUCUUAUAAGUUAUGUUCAUUUUUCAUAUUUUACUGUAAUGGGUUUUAGAUAUUUAUUUUCAAAAAGAAACCUGCAGUGUUUUCCCUUUCUUAACAUUUUGAGUAAUUCACAUGAAGAGACCUGCUUGUCUCCUUCACCCUGGCUGGUAGGAGAGAGUUUGGGACUUUCAUUACAAGCUAAGAUCAUGGUGGCCCUGAAUUUAAGUGUAUCUUUUCAGGUGAUUUCAAGGCCUGUUUGCUGAGGGGCAUGAAGUGAACAUCAUGACAUAACUGUGACUCUAACAUUAAACUUUUUAAAUUGUAGUCAAGAUUUCAUGCUACUCCUCCAUGAGAUAUCGUCCCUCAUCUUAAAAUAUGAUACGAAGUGAUGCUGAUGAAACUUAAAAAUGAUUCUGCUCUCAAUGUUAAAUUUCCCCAGAAAGAUAUAAGGUUAGACACUUCUGUUGGGUGAAUACAAAAUGUGUUUAAUGCCUUGCAGGCUCAGACUUGUCCCUCACCACUUUACCUUUAUCAGGGCAUAGAACAGAGUGAAGAGUCACUUUUCAGUUGAAACCUAUGUAGUAGCUCUGUAGAAUGUAACGGUAUUAUUAAACACAAAUUGUUAGUUCUAAUUUUUGUGAAAGAACUCUCAAGAAUUAGAGUUGGAUGACAUCUUGCAGGCUUCAGGGUAAAUUUUCUUUCUUUAUAUAGUUACUGGUUCUAAUGUCAUGUUACCAGAGCUGUUGCUCUGUUUUGUUUGCAAGUGAUUUGGUAGAAGUAUUAUGUAUACGGUUGUUAAGAUGUAACUUCAUUCCUGUGAUAGCAAACUUCCAGAGGAAAAACAGUCAAUUGUCUGGAUGAUGCCAAGUAUCUGUUUAUUUCACCAACUCGAAAUGUCACUACUGCCACAUUUUCCACUUUCCAUUCAGCUGUUCAUUCUAAAAUAAAAAUCCAAGGGAUUUCUUCAGUAAAAUAGAGGUUGAUUUUGCCUGCAAGGAUGAAGAGGGUCCUUGUAGUGGUAUGAUCGUGUUGAAUCAAGGAGUGCAAAGAGGGUUUGUUGGAGGUCAUGCUGAGCCUUGGACUGGCCAUUCAUCAUGGGUAGGACUUUGAGGGGAGUCACCUUUCACUGAAAGCUCCUUGGUCCUCAUUACGGAAUGAGUAUUUUACAACAACACUCUGAACUCAGUUUUCAUUCUGCAGUAGUUUAAUAAGGCAUAGAUUGUGUAUAGCAUUAGGUAACUUUUAUGUUUACAAAUUAAAAAUUCAGACACUUUAGGGCCUGAUUCAUUUUGGAAGAGAAAUAACAACAUCAACUGUUCCUCAGCCUGCAUUUACAAACAACCUUAUUAAAUUUAAAGCCAGGUUUGCGUGCAUGCCAUCUGGUGUAUCUUCAGCAAGAAAUCUUAGUUCAAGAUGAUGAAAAUAAGACAGUUUGGAGUGAUAAUUUUUCAACACCCAGGCUGAACUUUGGUUUAGAAUUUUAAUACUUAGAACAUUCCACCUGUUCCUUGAUGGGAAAAUCCAGUAAGAAGGCUAGAUUCAGCCCAAUUCUGAAUCUAGGGGCUCAAUUCUGUGAGGGGAAAGGACCGAACAAGUUAAAAGGUCCACAAAUGCAUGAAAGGACAAAUUUGCAUCUUCCUAUCAGUAUUCAACUUCCCUUUACUAAUGAAAAAUAAAUAUAUUUUUGAGAUGG